AUGUUCCUGGAACUGUCACACGUCUUCACACUGUAUAUUCAGAGCUCUGUUGUGUGACACUCCGAGGACACCGUUAGUGACAGCAGACCCGUUUCUAAUGAGGCAUGUUAAGAUUUGUUUACACAGGCAAGACAAGCUGUUUAGGACCCAUAUUUUAGGCCAAUACGAGGCUUCAGAUAGUCAGCCAUGUCGUAAUCUGGACUCGGGGUGCUGGAGGCAUAGGAAUUCAUCGUAACUCGAGGAUGGACGACAGGAGUCUAGCACUUGUGGCUCUUUACAUUGGACUAAAUAUUUGCACUGCCACAGAAUUCUCCCUCAGCCCUAGCCAGCCUCAGUGUGUCUUUAUUGCCUACUCCAACGUGACCUGCUACUGGACACCUGGACAAGGCUCUCCCUCAGACACGCGCUUCACACUGCAGGUCAACAUAACCGGAUGCGAUGACCCUGUGAUCCAUCAGUCCCAACUGUGUCAGACUAUUACCCAGACCCACUGCUCUGUUAACGUGACCUAUCUGAGCCGCUGCUACUGCAUCAGGGUCCUGGCCGACAGCCCUCACACAACAGCAAGCUCACCCAGCCUCUGCCUCAAUGCCAUAGACGCAGUGAAGCUGCCCACCCCUGUCCUCUCCAAUGUGUCAGCAGUGAGAGGCAAACCCAGAUGCCUGAAGCUGCAGUGGACUACCAAUACCAGCUUCCCGGUGACCAGAAAACAUAUCUCGAAUGGUGCUCUGCUCUUCCAGGUGCAGUACAGCACAGAGGAGCAGCCUGAGCCCAAGACAGUGAAGGUGGACCUGAGACCUGAGAGAGAGCAGGGUCUCUUCUCUGCCUCCACGUGUCUCUUCUCCGCCUCCACUCUAUAUACACUGAUGAUGCGUUACCGAUACAAUAGUACCCUCAGCCACUGGAGCGACUGGAGCCCAACACAACAGCAGUGUACAGAGGUGGCAGCACCCUCUACUGUCCCUCAGCUAUGGAGGACCGUUCAGCCUGUAGGUGGAGCAGACAUGAGACGAGUGACUCUGCUGUGGAAGUCCCCACCCAGGAGUCAAGUGAAAUGCUCAGUCCCAUGGUUUAACAUAUCCUGCUGUACUGAGGGUUCCCAGAAUGCACUGCAUACAUGGGACUGCAAUGGCCUGAGUGUGUCCGACACUUCCUGUCAUCUGACCCUUCCCCCUGAGCGCUGCUCCUGCACACUGAGCAUGUCCAACCCUGCCGGCAUCUCUCCUCCAGCUACCAUCACAAUCCCCAGCACCACGGACACAGCACCCAAGGCUCUGGUGGAUGUCAGUGUCACAGCAUUGGAUGAUUCCAGACUGGAGGUACGAUGGACAGCUCUAGAGUCCCCAUCACUAAGCAGCUUCCUGGUGGAGUGGUGGGCUUUAUCUGAGACAGCUAGCUAUACUCCAUACUGGCAAAGACUGAGCCACAAUGCAAGCAAAAUUAUAAUCACAGAGGGCGUGUGGCCGAAACAGUGCUACAAAGUGACUGUGAGCCCUGAGUAUGAUGCAGAGACUGGGGAGGAGCUGUCAGUAGAAGCCUACACCAGGCAAGAAGCCCCCUCUGCUGGCCCCAAGCCAGUGGUGCAGGAGCUGAGCAGCAGUGCUGUUGUCCUGCAGUGGGAGCCUGUUCCUCUGGAGCAGAGGCAUGGCUUCAUCCGCUACUACACCCUCUACAUCCAGAGUGAAGAAGAAACUCCAGAGGUUGUAGUGGUGCCAGGAGACAGCCUGAAGUACCAGUUGAGUGGUUUGUCUGGACUGUACAGGAUCCACAUGGUGGCUCACACUGAUGCAGGAGGGAGUCCUCCUGGUCCAAUGCUUGAUGUGGUUGUAGGGGGCGUUGUUUUGGUGGACACCAUCCUGUGGUGUUCCAUUCCUACUGUGCUCACCGUCCUGAUACUGCUGAACUGCCUACAGUGGAGACAGAGGAUAAAGCAGAAUCUCUGGCCUACAGUCCCUGACCCUGCACAUAGUAGCCUGUCCACCUGGAACACAGAGACUAAAUACACCACAGUCGUUGUCACUGGGGGGAAUCUCAGAGGAGAGAACACCAUUUCAAAUAAAGCCCCAGUGUCCCCACUCCCCCAGCAGGGGGCAGAAACCUAUUGAUGUUGAUUGUACGUGGUAAUAUGAUUUCUUAGGACGUCUGAACCCUGUUCUUUGUUUUUCUGUUAUAUGUUCUGAAUUUGUUUAUGUUAUAACACACUGUGAGGUUUUCAUUGGCAUCUGUACAGUACUUUGAAUAUUGUUUUUAUCCAAUCAAGUUUCAUUGUGACCUGGCAAGUCAAAAUAAGGCCACUUUGCAAAGUAAUUCAAGUAAUAUAUGUUUCAUCUGUUC